AUGAGCGCCCGUACUGCUAUGCUUCGCAGAGUUGAACCUGCCAUCCGGAGGCCCUCCGUCACUACAUACCGCGUUCAAUCUUUUUCUACCACCAAGCAAAACCCCGUCUUGUAUACGCCCCAGCGAAGCUCGCACAAUCUGCAUACCACGGGAAUGCUUAAAGAGGAUCAGCGAGAAAUUGCAAAGCCUCACAGCGAGCACUUCAGACCGCUCGCCACAUCUGGAGAUUAUAGCGCAUUUGGAACGGAUUCGGAAGCGUACCAUUGCCUGGACACGGAUCCGCAGAGCGAGACGUCACCCUAUGAGUUUCCAAAGAAAAGCGGAAGGCAGCUAAGGUACGGUGGGAUGAACCCAUUGAGAGGCCCUUGGGACGGCAGCUGGAAGGAGCCCGUCCUUCAAAUUGGAUUCGAAGGAUAUCCAUACUCUGAUACCGAAGAUUCUUGGGAAAGGGUGAGCAACAAAGUCUCCUCCACCCCAACCAGAGGCGCAUCUCCACCCAUUGCACCUUACCUAAUGGCAAACAAUCGCGAUCACCCAGUCAGCAAAGCUGCAGACGGUCAAUUGAAGCCAGGGAUAUAUCGCAUCGAGCAUGCUCAAAGUCAUGAUAAGGUCAUCGAUCUGUCGGGCUACGACGGUGUCACCAUCCUAGGAUGGGAGAAACACGGAGGGGAGAACCAGAAGUGGGAGUUUGAACGAUUGGGGCCGGGGUACUCUAUCAAAAGUGUUUUCAACGGGACAUGUAUCACAUUAAAAAUCGGCACUGUUGACGGGGUCUCGUUGACAGCAUCCAAAUUCCCAGUAAGCUGGGAGUUGGAAGCGGAUGGGAGCGACUUUGUCUUUGAUUUAGGUUCAAACACGAAUGAGGUGACGCUAAGAGCCUCCUCUCCUUCAGCGCCUACCCGACUUUGGAGAUUGGUAGAGGAAAUAAAACUUGAAUGGCCAGAGCCUGAAAUCAGCAACAAGAUUCUCGAAUUUACAACACGUGCUCCAACAACGGCCAAACCAUCUGUAUUCUCAACGGCUGACACUGUUGUAGAUGUGGAAGGGUUGAAAUUUGGAGGGAAUGGUGAGAUGACCAUCACGACGACGACGACGACGGUUACCACUAGUGUCACCAAGGUGAAGAGGUUGGGAGGGGGCCAAUAA